AUGGGAUUUCGUGUGGGUCAUAUUGGCCUUUCCCAGGUAACAAUGACAGUGAGUGCCCGCUACGGACUCGGUAAUCAUCAGGACCGUCUCGACUACGACGAUAUUGUCAAAACAAACCUAUGGAGCUGGAUCGCUCAAAUACUCGCCAUCAUUGAUCUAGUCAUUGCCAGAAUCGCCGUCAUCGCAUUUCUCAUGACGAUCCAGAACAGAACGAAGAGCAAGAGCAAAUAUCUUCUUUAUGGCGUUGGAGGUAUUCAGGCUCUUAUCAAUUUCAUCGAAAUUAUCUUGAUCUUCAAACAAUGCACGCCAACCGAGAAACUAUGGGAUAUCGAUCUCCCUGGCAAGUGUGAUAUGAUUGAUAUUUGCUCCAAAGUGGGCUUCGUUCAAGGCAGUAUUGGAGCUUUCUCUGACUUCUUCCUGGCUGCCUACCCCGUGUACAUCAUUGGCAGGCUUCAAUUGAUGAAGUUAUCGACCAAAAUUGGACUGUGUCUCAUCAUGGGAGGAGGCUUGAUUGCCGGUAUAGCAGGAAUCAACAAGACCAUUGCUAUUGCGUCCAUCACGCACGUCGACGACCUCACCUACGCGAUAUACCAACUCAACACUUGGGUCCUGACCGAAAUGUGGUUCAUCAUCAUUUUCGGAUCAAUUCCCGUUCUACGACCAUUUUUCGUUCGAUUUACCCAGGACAUCAAGAGUGCAACUGGCUACUCCUCGAAGAAUCGCAGCAAUACUGGUAGUGGAUAUCGCGACGGGAGUAAUCCUAAGCGCGAGUCUUGGGUGCAGUUGAAUGAGCAGACCCCGGGAACAUGGGCCUCCCAGAGCUCUACUUAUGCAGAUGCAAGUCAUGAUACAGAGCAGAUUUUACGUGGGGAAUCGUCUCCGAGCGAUAUUAAGCACAUCUUGGUGACGAAAAACACGAGUGUGAUAUCCGAGCAUUGCAAUGGCGAGUCAAGUUAA